CGAGCAUAUUCUGGGGGAUUUCGUGGGUUGAAACGGACAGGCGUGGACUUGGUGGUCGCGAAAACAGGACAGUCCCCGCGUGCUCCUUGCCUGAUUUUUGUCAGGAGCAACUUGUCCGGUGGACCUGAUGAGAAGUAUGCCAGUUUGCCUGCAUUGGGGAAUUGAUUUUGUUAAGCAGGGUAGCAAUACUUUGUCAAUGUACGAGACAUGUGAGGGUCCUUUCGCUGGAUAAGGAUUGGAAAGAUCACCUCUAUGAAUUGUCCUUGGAUUACGUUCUUGGGUUCUCUCGACCUUGUGGAUGUUGAUUCACUUGGCACAUUAAUGUUGGGGUGUGUUGUGGAUGAUGUGCUUUUAGGUAGCAAGAAAUUGGUUGUUUGUAUCUUAGAUUGGCGACUGUAGGUGGGCGGGUUCACACAUUGGCAGAGAGAUUUGGGGUUCGGAAUUAGGCGUGUAUUGGGCUUCUUGUUGGGAAAUUGAGGGGAUGGCGGAAACAGGGAGUAGAGGGUUGAAAUUUUGUAUUUUAGGGUACAGCUAAGUUUGCGGUGAAUUUCGAGGUUGGGUGGUGAUUCCAGACAAGGGGGACUCGAUGUUGCAUAGUUGAGCUAUAGUGAAGAGGUUGGAAGGCAAUAUGCUGGUAGUGUACAUUUGUCGGGAAGGGAAGUUCAAGUGAUCGAAACGAAGGAAGUGGAGCACAAUGAAGAGACUUGUACACAUAAACGAUCGGGGUGGCCAUAGGGAUAGCCAAAACCACUGCAGCAAUAAGAUUUCAAACACGAAAUAUAACAUUUUCAAUUUCAUUCCCAAGAAUUUGUGGGAGCAAUUCAGCCGGUUUAUGAACAAGUACUUCUUGCUGAUCGCAACCCUGCAAUUGUGGCCACUUAUUACCCCUGUAAGCCCUGUAAGCACAUGGGGUCCUCUGCUUGCAAUUUUCGCGGUAUCUGCAACCAAGGAAGCCUGGGACGACUAUGGUCGAUACUGCUCAGACAAGGAGUUCAAUGAGAAAUUGGUUUGGGUUGUGAAGAACGGUGUCAAGACUCGUAUUCAAGCUCAGGAAAUCGAGGUUGGAGAUUUAGUUUGGUUACUUGAAAACGACGAGAUUCCAUGCGAUAUGGUACUAUUGGGCACGGCGGAGCCUUUGGGGCUAUGCUACAUUGAAACAGCCGCUAUGGAUGGGGAGACAGAUUUAAAGACAAGAGUAAUACCUGGACCUUGCCAUGGAUUGACAAGUGCGCAACUACUCAACAUUAAGGGGAUGAUAGAAUGUCCAGAGCCGGAUAAAGACAUUCUCAGGUUUGAUGCAAGAGUGAGGCUUUUUCCACCAUUCCCCGGCGAUGAGCUCUCUCCCUUGGGUGUCAAGAACACUCUGUUACAAUGUUGUUAUCUUCGGAAUACAGAAUGGGCUUGUGGAGUAGCUGUUUACACUGGCAACGAAACAAAAAUCGGCAUGAGCAAGGGUAUUGCUGAACCCAAAUUGACGGCUGCAGAUGCCAUGUUAGACAAGCUUACAACUGCCCUCUUUAUUUGUCAAAUAGUGGUGGUCAUGAUCUUGGGUUUGGCCGGCAAUGUUUGGAACAAUUAUGAGAAGGACAAGACAUGGUAUUUGCGAUUCCCUAAAAAAUCAGAAUGGUAUGACUUCAUCGUCAUCCCGUUGCGCUUUGAGCUUCUGUGCUCUAUCAUGAUCCCUAUCUCAGUCAAGGUUUCUUUGGAUCUGGCAAAAAGCGUCUACUCGAAGUAUAUAGAUUGGGAUAUUCAGAUGUAUGAUGCAGUGACAGACACUCCAGCAAAGGCAGCUAAUACAGCUAUUAGUGAAGAUUUGGGACAGAUAGAGUACAUCCUUACGGACAAAACUGGAACCCUCACUGAAAAUAUGAUGAUUUUCAAGCGCUGCUGUAUAAAUGGUGUAUAUUAUGGAAAUUUCAAUGGUGAUGCUCUUACAGACCAACAUUUAAUGCAUUCUGUGACGGAGAAGGUUUCUGCAGUCGUUAAAUUUGUGAUGGUAAUGACUAUCAACAACACCGUUGUGCCUAACAUGUCUAGGGAAAAUGGGCGCCUUACGUACAAGGCACAAUCACAAGAUGAAGAGGCUCUUGUUCAAGCAGCUGCUCAGUUGGGGAUGGUACUUUUUUCCAAGAAGGGAUCAGUAGUUGAAGUGAAUUUUCUAGGGCACACUAUGGAGUUUGAAAUUCUCCAAGUAUUGGAGUUCACCUCCGACCGCAAGCGUAUGUCUGUAGUCGUUCGAGAUCAUUCCACGGGGGGAUUGUAUUUGCUCACCAAAGGCGCUGAUGAAACUGUUUUCCGCAGAGUCCGAGCUGGUGAGCCAGUGCAACAAGUCGCAGAUGCCAUCGACCAGUAUUCUCAGCUUGGACUCAGGACACUCUGUUUUGCCUGGCGGGACCUUGAUGAGCAAGAGUAUGUGGCAUGGACCGCUAAAUUCAAUGAAGCAAGUGCUGCUUUAACAGAUCGUGAGUUGAAGAUUGCAGAAGUCUCUGAACUUCUGGAGAAGGACUUGGAAUUACUGGGUGCAUCUGCCAUCGAAGACAAGCUGCAGGAUGGAGUGCCUGAAACUAUUGCUUCUCUGAGAAAAGCGGGAAUUAAUUUCUGGCUGCUUACAGGCGACAAGCAAACUACUGCCAUACAAGUUGCGCGUGCUUGCAACUUUAUUAUGGCAGAGCCAGAAGGUCAGUUAUUGAAAAUUGAAGGUUCCACUCCCAGUGAUGUGGCUGAUAGUAUAGAGGGGGUGCUGCAAACGUUUUGCAUAAACAACUCAGAAAACAAGAAUAUCGCAUUUGUGAUUGAUGGAUUAUCAUUGGAGAUUGCAUUGAAGUAUCACAAGGAGGCAUUUGCAAAACUGGCGCUGUUGAUCAGAACGGCACUGUGUUGUCGUGUUACUCCAUCACAGAAAGCUGAACUGGUUGGGCUGGUCAAAAGUUGCGAUUACAGGACAUUAGCAAUCGGAGAUGGAGGCAAUGAUGUAAAGAUGAUUCAGGAGGCACAUGUUGGUGUAGGUAUCAGUGGACGGGAAGGUCUACAGGCAUCCCGAGCUGCAGAUUACAGUUUUGGAAAAUUCAAGUUCUUAAAACGGCUGAUAUUGGUGCAUGGAAGAUAUUCGUAUAAUCGAAGUGCUUUUCUAGCACAGUAUUCAAUCUACAAAUCACUUGUCAUUUGUUUUGUUCAAAUAUUAUUCUCAUUCAUAUCUGGUGUCUCUGGGACUAGUCUCUUCAAUUCAUUUAGUCUGAUGGCGUACAAUGUAGCAUACACCAGUAUUCCAGUCAUGGUGACGUCGCUUCUCGACAAAGAUCUCUCUGAAAGGACAGUUAUGCAACAUCCAGAGAUUCUCUAUUUCGCACAGGCUGGGAGGUUGAUCAACCCGAGUACAUUUGCUGGCUGGUUUUUACGCUCAAUUUUUCAUGCUAUAGUCAUCUUUGUGGUGACCAUUCGCGUUUAUGCCCACGAGAAAUGCGAGUUGGUGGAGAUGUCUAUGGUGGCCUUGUCUGGGUGCAUCUGGAUUCAGGCCUUCCUAGUGUUGAUUGAAACUAACUCUUUUACGGUGUACCAGCAUUUGGCGGUGUCAGGCAACGUCGUUAUCUUCUACAUACUGAAUCUAAUCCUGAGCUUUGGGAAGCACAGUGGCAUGUAUAGGAUUAUGUUUCGGGUCUGCGCUGAUCCAUGCUACUGGUUCUCCCUCCUGCUCAUGGUUGUUGCGGGAGUGGGUCCUUUGUCGGCAAUCAAAUUCUAUCGAGCAACGUACAGACCAAAUGCUAUUAACACGUUACAGCUAAUGGAGCGUCAGCAUCCAAUGCCUGUUUCUGUUGAAGCAAUUGGAAGCAGCUCAAGCUCUUUCAAAUCAGCCAGCAGAUCAAGUUCGAGUCAUGGAUCGGUGUUCGAACCGCUUCUAGCUGAGACCUCCAACCCGAAGACACCGCCUGAUAGAUAUAUCAGCAAAGAUAAAACCAGGCCUGUCACAUCUGCUGUUUUGCUCUCCAGUCCGAAUUCACGGACUCUUCCUUAAAACUUCUCUAUGAAUUUCAAGUAAUUAGGUUGUGUUGGAUUAAAUUUAAAUUAAUUAGUUGUGCCAAAAUCUGUGUAAUUCACAUGUAGUUGAUCUUAUGAAUUUAGAAGAUAGAGAUGUUAUGCAGAUUAUUUUCCUGUAUUACGACCUUCUUUGAUGUGAACCCUCCAAGGAGGAUGAGGGCACUGCAAUAAUUAUCAGUCUACGCUUUUACGGAGCUGCUAAUGAAAUCAAAUGCUUAGUAUCAGAAUUUGCCAUCUUUCAA